AUGAGAAGUAUAGCUUUCCUGCCUCUCAAAAGGGCUUCUCAUAGCGAGGCUCUCAUAAAGGAAGCAACAAAAGAUACCCGGUGGGGACCGACCACCGCGGAGUUGAACGAGCUGUCUCGGCUUUCAAAUCAACCGAGCGACUUGGGCUUGAUCACCAAAGAGUUAUCCCGGAAACUGCGUUCCAAAAGCCCUAUCCAAAUUCACAAAGCGUUAUCGAUUGUGCUGUACAUGUUGCAGACCUCAUCAUCCGAGUUUGUUUCUUGGCUUACAUUGAAUCAAUAUUCAAUCAGAACCCUCAGGGAAUAUCAGAUAGAUACACGUCGAAAACAAGUUGAGGAUGCUCAACUGGCUUUCAAUAUUCGCAACAAGGCUUCCGAAAUUCUCAGGUUACUAGAAAACCGAGAGCUUUUGAAACGAAAACGACAAGAGUUUAUCACUUUCAGAGAAGAUAUGAAAUUGCCAACUCCUCGUUCUUCAUUGGAUAUGCCAAGCCGGACUUCAUUCACAGGUGAGCGCAAUUGCAAAUCGCUGGAAAUAAAUAGGGCGGAACUAUUUCGUGAAUUGGAUGUUUUCUCGUCUUCAUCAGAUGAAGAACGGGAACGCAGAGGAAGUAUGCUCAGCAAUAUCCUGGAGCUAGAAGAAGAAGUGAAUCAUUUUGAACCCCGGUCGAUGCGAAUUUGA